AUGACGAACGACGCGCAGAAAACCAGCCGCAUUCACAACCUGGACGAGGUCGAACAAUAUCUUCGCAAGAAGCACAAGGCCGCCUGGAAGACGCUCCCCGGCCCGGAAGCCUGUCGGUUCGUCGACGUCGCCCAGCGCCACUUCCCCGAAGACACGUACUGCCAGAAGGCCAUGUAUGUGGGAUCAAUCCGAGUCAACAAUCGUUUUGAACAGGUGUAUGCCUACGUCAAGCGGACUGGAGCAGUAGUCUAUUGCCGCGGCGAGACGGGCAGGCAGUUGGCUCGUACCCUUUACGCCGCAAUCUGGUUCGCGCCGCCCUUUCCCAAGAAUGAGAACGAGAAGCGCCCCCGCCUGAGGGGCCACAGCUCCCUGGUCGUGUACAGCAUGCUGCGCGGCGGCUAUCUAGAUAAAUUCAUCGAGGUUGACGGCACAUCGCUGCAGCGCCUUGGGUAUGCGUGCGACAGCAUAUCGCGGGAAUUACCUUCGAUGCAAGUGGUCGAGAACAAGUAUGGAGAGGCUUCACUCGAGAAGCUGGCGAAGCAGCAUGAUGUACGGUACGAGCCCUCCGGACAGCCCGAAGACAGCCCAGCAGAUACGAGUGACGAUGAAGAGUGGGAGAGGGAUGGUGAUAAUCAACGUGUCCUCCAGGACAUUCAUGAGGAAGACCAUUUAACGGACGAGCAUGUCGAAAGCGAGGCCGCCGAUAUCCUGAGGCAAACAUUCCAACUUGCCAAGCAAAGUAGCCUGCGUGUCUCUGCACAGCAUGCAUUCGGAGUGGUUAUGGACAAGGACCUGGGAGUCGCAGCCUACAAGGCAUAUGCUUCCGCCACGUUUGCAGAGAUGGCCCAGCAGAAAGACUUGAACCACUUGGCCCGCGCCCUCCUGAACGUCAUGAUGGAGAAAGACCUCACCGGCAAGAAGAAUCCACACAAAGCUUUCAAUAAGCUUUUCGACCUCGCCUUCGCCCUGGACGACCGUGAGGCGGCCAUGGCCGCUUUCGAAGUUGUCCAGCAGACGGAGAAGGCCGCGGAUGCCGUUUUUGAGCUCGCCUUGUCAAUGAACGAAACCGGGGCAGAACAUGUCGCUCUUGUUGGAGCCGAACUCUAUGACGCGGACGCGACGAUGCACUACAAGGUCGCGCUUGCGCAGGCGAGAAGUGGUGAGGGCGAUGUGUAUGUUUGUGAGGACUGCGCCGGGAGGAUGGGCUUGAAGGAAGGACCUGAGUGA